UGUGGUGCUCUGGAGCUGGGCAGUUUAGUGCGGGCCCGGCCUUCUGGGGGGACUCGCUUCUCGGACAGUCGUUUUUACUGCGAGUUUCCUCCUCCUCGCUGCAUCUCCUGGUGAUGUACGGAGGGGUCGGAGGUUCUCGACGGACUGCAGAAGAAGCAGGCCCGCCGCCCCUAAUGUUGUUGUCAGGCGGGGGAGCGGUCCCCGGGCCCCCCGGAGGAGGUGGAGGAGGAGGUGGAGGGGGGAAUAGCCGUGUGGAGCUGCUGGUGUUCGGCUAUGCCUGCAAGCUGUUUCGAGAUGAUGAGAAGGCUCAGUACCAGGAGCAGGGGCGACACCUUAUUCCUUGGAUGGGAGACCCCAAGAUCAUGAUCGAUAGGUACGAUGGACGUGGUCACCUGCAUGACCUUUCUGAAUACGAUGCUGAAUACUCCACGUGGAACAGAGAUUAUCAGUUGUCUGAAGAGGAAGCUAGAAUAGAAGCCCUCUGUGAUGAAGAGAGGUAUUUAGCCUUGCAUACGGACUUGCUUGAGGAGGAGGCGAGGCAAGAGGAGGAAUAUAAAAGACUGAGUGAAGCUUUGGCAGAGGAUGGUACCUAUAAUGCAGUGGGAUUCCAUUAUGGCAGUGAUUAUUAUGACCCUUCAGAACCCACUGAGGAGGAGGAGCACCAGCCUGCAAAGCAAAGAGAAACAGCUCAGACAGAAAACGCAGAAGAAAAUGAAGAACCUUUUGUUGCCCCUCCGGGACUGAACGUUCCUUCUGAUGUGGAACUGCCACCAACAGCAAAAAUGCAUGCGAUUAUAGAACGAACUGCAAACUUUGUCUGCAAGCAGGGAGCACAGUUUGAGAUUAUGCUAAAAGCUAAGCAAGCACGCAACUCCCAGUUUGACUUCUUGCGAUUUGAUCACUACCUCAAUCCCUACUACAAAUUCAUUCAGAAAGCUAUGAAAGAGGGACGAUACGCUGCUCCUUCUGAAAAUAAAGCGGAUGAGAAAAAACGUAAAGUUAAAUCUGAGGAAGAUGAUGAUGAUGAUGACGAUGAUGAUGGAAAUUACCUGCAUCCAAGUCUCUUUGCAUCUAAAAAGUGCAGUAGGCUUGAAGAGCUCAUGAAGCCUUUGAAGGUAGUGGACCCCGAUCAUCCACUUGCAGCGCUGGUGCGCAAAGCGCAAUCAGAUAAUAACUCAUCCACGCCACAGUCAACAGAUGGGGCAGCUGUGCAGACAUCACAAGCAGAGUAUUCUUCUGAUUCAACCGUGGCAGCCAUGUAUUAUAGUUACUAUAUGCUACCUGAUGGAACCUAUUGCCUCGCACCUCCACCUCCAGGAAUAGAUGUUGCCACCUACUACAGUGCGUUGCCUGCAGGGGUGACCGUAUCAAGCACUACAGGGGUAGCAACAGUACCUCCACCCCCUGGUACUACACCUCCACCUCCCCCAGACACAACCGAUAGCAGCAGUGGGUUGACUUCUACCACAACAUCUACAAGCACAAUUGCUCCAGUGGUUGCCAUUAUACCUCCACCCCCAGAUAUCCAACCUGUUAUUGAUAAGCUAGCUGAGUAUGUUGCUAGGAAUGGGAUAAAAUUUGAAACCAGUGUUCGUGCCAAGAACGAUCUCAGAUUUGAGUUCCUGCAACCGUGGCACCAGUAUAAUGCUUAUUAUGAAUUUAAAAAACAGUUCUUCCUUCAAAAAGAGAGCAGUGACAACUGUCAGGGAGUAUCUUCAUCUGAAGAAGUUCCAGCAGAUACUGCUGGUGAUGCACCAGGUGAGACGCAGUUUGCAGAUGAACACGCAGCUGAAGAUGCAACUGAGCCAAGUGCUAAAGGAGCUCCAGGGACUAAAAAGGAUGUUCCUCCUCCUAAAACCGUCAGUGAUGGUAAAUUGGUGAAAGCAUCAUUUGCUCCAAUAAGCUUUGCAAUCAAGGCCAAAGAGAACGAUCUUCUGCCUUUGGAGAAAAACCGUGUUAAAUUAGACGAUGACAGUGAUGAGGAGGAAGAAGAGGGCAAGGAAGGCCAAGAAAAUGCUAAUAGUGCUGCAAACCAUACUCCGGCUGUUCCCACUCCUUGUCCUGCUGCUGAAGAGAAAAAACCUCAACUUACCCAGGAGGAGUUGGAAGCUAAACAAGCAAAGCAGAAGCUGGAGGACAGAUUAGCAGCUGCAGCAAGAGAGAAGCUCGCACAGGCCUCCAAAGAAUCAAAGGAAAAGCAGCUACAAGCAGAGCGCAAAAGGAAAGCUGCGCUGUUCUUGCAGACCCUGAAGAACCCUCUGGCAGAGGCAGAAACUGAGAAGCUGGAAGAGAAUUCCUUCAGCAGUGAGAGUGUCAAUAGUAUACCGUGUCCUGUGACCGCGGUCAGAACUUUGCCCACCUUAGAAGUUAAACAAGCAGAAAGGCCUUCAAGCAGAAGCAGAGAUCCUCCUAGGGAAGAAGAAAAAGAAAAGAAAAGGAAAAAGCACAAGAAAAGGUCUCGGACAAGAUCUCGAUCACCGUUCAAGUAUCACUCGUCAUCCAAGUCCAGAGCUAGAUCCCAUUCAAAAGCAAAGCACUCGCUCCCCACUGCCUACAGAACUGUGAGGCACUCAAGCCUCACAGCAUCCGCAGGGACACUGAGCGUGGAGCCGGGUCUGCGCAGCUCAUCAGUGGCAGCAGCAGCAGAGCGGGGAAGUUAUCAGGCAACUUGGACAACGAAAAGAGUUGACUGCUGGAGCUCUUGUGAGGGACAUCCUGGUAAAAUGGCAAGGUCACGAUCGAGGUCACCCAGGAGAAGGGCUCACACCCCAGAAAGGCGGAGGGAUGAGAGAAGUGUCCCAACAGCGUACCGCAUCAGCAACAGCCCUGGGAACAGCAGGAAGCGCCCCCGUUCCAAAAGUCCCCAUGAAAAGAAGAAGAAGAGGCGGUCUAGAUCACGUACCAAGUCCAAAGCUAGAUCUCCUUCACCAUCCGUGUCACCAGGCAAACCAUCCACACACAAAAACUCUGUACAUUCGACUAGUGUCUCUCCUGUGGAGAGCAGGGAAUCCAGCCAGGAACGCUCCAGGGGAGUUUCUCAGGAAAAAGAUGGCCAAAUCUCUUCAGCAAUUGUGUCUUCAGUGCAGAGUAAAAUCACUCAGGAUCUUAUGGCCAAAGUGAGAGCAAUGCUUGCAGCUUCCAAAAACAUACAAACUACCAGUGCCUCCUGAGACCUGUUGAACUGACCACCGAGGAAUCGUGUGAAAAAGAACAAUAUAAAAAACUGCCUCAUCUCAAACGUACAGUUGAGCUUAGCUCGCUUGGUUCACAGCUCGUCUAGUAUUACCAGAACUCGAGGAGCUAAAUCCUGUACAGAAGCGUCUCCUUGAAAUUUCAUUAAACUUUUUCAGCCAGAAUACCUUUGGGAAGUUUUUGGUUUUUGUAAAUUGAUUUUUUGACUAAUUCUUCAGUAACAUUUUAUGAUCAGCGGUCUAUAUGUGUAUAUUUGUAAAUACCAUGUUUCUGUGAAAGAAGUAUUACACAAUAAUAAAGGAAACAUCUUUCAUUAGCU